CUGUGCAAAGUGGUGAUCCAAUCGACGACAGGAGUGGUCCUGUUCCAUGGAAGAUGGCUGUUUAUAAAGGUGUAAGUAGUAAAUCGCUAGCAGAAGUGCUGAAAGGAACUAAGGAGGAACGUGUGAGCAAGUUGGAAAGCUUGGGUGGACCGGAGAAGUUAUGCAGCACCCUUCGAACAUCACCGGUCGAAGGCUUGGGCGAUGACCCGCAGGAUCUGAACCUCAGGAGGGAGACGUUCGGGUCGAACACGAUACCGGCGAAGAAGCCGAGGACCUUCCUUCAGCUCGUGUGGGAGGCCUUGCAGGACGUGACGCUGAUCAUCUUGCAGGUGGCGGCCGUGAUCUCCAUCGCCCUGUCGUUCAUAUCCUUCGACGCUGAAAGCUCUGAUGAACAGAAGCAUGGCUGGAUAGAAGGUGUGGCAAUCCUUCUCUCAGUGAUUGUGGUGGUUUUGGUCACAGCCAUCAAUGACUACACAAAAGAAAAGCAGUUUCGUGGAUUGAGGAACAGGAUAGAACAAGAACACAAAUUCUCAGUCAUACGAAAUGGAAUAGUUCAGCAAGUAUUUGUGGGCGACAUCGUUGUGGGCGAUAUAUUGCAGGUGAAAUAUGGAGACUUGCUGCCGGCUGAUGGAAUAAUUAUUCAGAGCAAUGACUUGAAAAUUGAUGAGUCAUCGCUUACUGGAGAAUCUGACCAUGUGAAAAAAAGUGUUAACAUAGAUCCAGUGCUUCUGUCUGGCACACAUGUUAUUGAGGGCAGCGGACGGAUGGUGGUCCUUGCCGUUGGCAUCAACUCGCAAGCGGGCAUGAUCUUCAUGUUGCUGGGUGGUGCAGAGGAGAAGCCUGCAGGUGGUGGCGGUGGCAGUGGUGAAGAAACUGGUGAAGCAGAACAACAGACAGUCCAUAAAGACAAGUCUGUGCUGCAAGCUAAGUUGACCAAGUUAGCCAUCCAAAUAGGCUAUGCAGGUUCUGCAGUGGCUGUACUCACAUUUGUCGUGCUGGUGAUCAGGUUUUGCGUGGAAACGUUUGUGCACGAAAAGCAGCCAUGGAAAAUGACAUACAUAGAAGAAUUUGUGAGAUUCUUGAUUGUCGGCGUUACGGUGUUGGUUGUGGCUGUACCGGAGGGCUUGCCUCUGGCAGUCACGCUUUCAUUGGCUUAUUCUGUGGGCAAAAUGUUAAAAGAGAACAACCUUGUGCGCCAUCUGUACGCUUGUGAGACCAUGGGAAACGCUACUGCAAUCUGCUCCGACAAGACGGGAACCCUCACAACUAAUAGGAUGACCGUUGUUGACUCGUACAUCUGUGGGGAAAGGAGAAAGACAUUAAAGUAUUCAGACAUUCCUCCACCUGUUGGUGAAAGGCUGGUGCAAGCAAUUUCUGUAAAUUCCUCUUACACAUCCAAAAUAGAGCCUGCCCAGGAGCCUAGUGGCCUCCCGAAGCUAGUGGGGAACAAGACUGAGUGUGCCCUGCUGAUGUUUGUUGUGGAUCUCGGCAAGGACUACAGCGAGAUCCGUGACAAUAUGCCGGAGGAGAGCUUCAUCCGUGUGUAUACCUUUAACUCUGUCAGGAAGUCCAUGAGCACUGUCAUACCGCGUGAAGGCGGGGGCUACCGGCUGUUGACAAAGGGGGCUUCCGAAAUCAUUCUUGGCAAGUGCAACUUUAUCCAUGGCCAGAAAGGUGAGGUGGUCCCAUUGACGGAUGCGGCAAAACACAGUUUGAAGGUCGAUGUGAUCGAACCGAUGGCAGAUAGUGGACUUCGCACUCUUGUGAUUGCUUACAAAGACUUUGUGCCACACGGUGGGCAGCUGAAUGAAGUUAGAAUGAAUGGAGAGCCCAAGUGGGAUGACGAGGAUAAUAUCGUGAACAACCUGACUUUGUUGGCUUUGGUUGGCAUUGAGGACCCUGUAAGGAGUGAGGUUCCGGAAGCAAUAAAUUUGUGCCAGAGGGCGGGCAUCACGGUGCGAAUGGUGACAGGCGACAACAUAAGCACUGCUCGUUCCAUUGCCACCAAGUGUGGGAUCCUCAGACCAGGGGAGGACUUCCUGGCCCUGGAAGGAAGGCAGUUCAACGAAAGGAUUCGUAACAAAGAUGGUGAGGUGACGCAGGAACUGAUAGACAAGGUGUGGCCGAAGCUGCGAGUCCUUGCCAGGGCUUCUCCUAGAGACAAAUUCGACCUUGUGACUGGUGUCAUGGACAGCAAGUUGACACCACAUCGUGAGGUGGUCGCUGUGACGGGAGAUGGCACUAAUGAUGCUCCAGCUCUGAAGAAAGCGGAUGUGGGCUUUGCCAUGGGCAUUUCUGGUACGGAUGUGGCGAAAGAAGCGUCUGACAUAAUCCUGCUGGACGACAACUUCAACAGCAUCGUGAAAGCAGUGAUGUGGGGUCGCAACGUUUACGACAGCAUCUCCAAGUUCCUGCAGUUCCAACUUACUGUCAACUUGGUUGCCAUCAUCAUAGCUUUUGCAGGGGCCUGCAUCGUUAACGACACUCCCCUGAGAGCAGUGCAAAUGCUGUGGGUGAAUCUCAUCAUGGACACAUUGGCCUCCCUGGCACUGGCUACGGAGAUGCCUACUGUGGAGUUGCUGAUGAGGAAGCCGUACGGCAGAGACAAGCCCAUCAUAUCCAAAACCAUGAUGAGGAACAUUGUUGGCCAAGCAGUGUACCAGCUGGUAGUCAUCUUUGUCCUGCUCUUCAAAGGGGCUGAUUGGCUGGGACUCUCAGCAGGGCAUUCUGAAGAAAAUUUCGGACAGCCAUCACAACACUUCACUUUGAUUUUCAAUGCAUUUGUUAUGAUGACAAUGUUUAAUGAAAUCAAUUCGAGAAAGGUUCAUGGCGAGCGAAAUAUUUUCAGUGGUCUGGGCUCUAAUCCCGUUUUUUACGUCAUAUGGAUUGUUACUUUCAUUUUUCAGGUGAUUAUAAUUCAAUUUGGUGGAGUGGCAUUUUCGACAGUGCCUCUAGACCUGCAGCAUUGGAUGUGGUGCAUGUUCUUGGGCGUCGGCACUCUCGUUUGGACUCAGAUCAUCGUCUCUAUACCAACAAGAUCAUUGCCUAGAUUCUUGAAGUAUAGAGCACUUAUCAAACCGGAAGUCCAUGAGAAGCCGACACCAGGAAAAAUACUGUGGAUACGAGGACUGACCAGACUGAGGACUCAGAUACGGGUUGUGAAUGCAUUUCGCCACGGACUGGACACGCGCUUCCAAUCCGUGGAUGCCGCCCGCCGACAGAACCUGCUGCCCCGGGCCUCAAUGGAGUUUCUGAGCGGCACCCCUGCGGAGCCGCGCACGAACAAUGUGCAGAUUCAGGCGGCCGUGUGAUUCGACGCACUCCCCUGCGCCCCUCCCUCGACCCUGCUCCCUUUCCCAAGGAAGGAACUGUCACUUGUCACUUCCGCUAUGCCAAGCUUCGUGAGGGUGAAUCAUCACGCUGUAGUGCUCGACUUUCUUCUCAAAAUUGCAGCGUUCUUCUUGAUCGUCUCUGAGUCUCUGAAUAGGUUGUUAUACUGUUGUUCAUCCCAAGUUUCAUUUAAAUAAUUGUUGCCUAAUCAAUAUCCUUUAAGGUUGUUCAUGUUGUUAUAGGCUGUGUGGUGGUAAGAUAUUUCAUAAUGGUGCAAAAAUAUUGUUCCAAACAGUUUAAUUUUUGUUAGAUUUAUUUAAACAUUUAAUCAGAAAAAAAUAUACUAACUUAAACUUUUUGAAAAUGUAUUUGGGGCCAAUUUUGUAUCAGAACACCAUAAUAGUGGUUGGUUUGUUUAUCAAAAAAUUAUGUUACGAAGCAUUUUUAAAAAGGGCCUAAGAUUAAAAUUUGAAUUUAAAACUGACCAGGGUAUUUUAGGGGACUCAUACAUAAACACUUCAGUUUCAAAUAAUGUUGCACAUUAGGCAUUGCAUUAGUAAUGCUUAUGUGGUUAUAUGUAGUAUAACUCCUGAUAUUUAAUGCAAACAUGUAUCACUAAAAGUAGAUGAUAAAGUAUAUUGCAUUUUUAAAACUGAAGAAUACCACAAUUUUUGAUUGUUUUAAAUAAGCAAUGCCCAGAGAAUGCUAAAACUAUUGUGUUUGUUUUAAGUUUUUACAUGUGCACCAUAUAUUAUAAAUAAAACAGUAAGGCUAUUUUGUACUAUAUGUUAAGGUGAUGGAUAUACUAUAUUCUUUACAUGUGCAUUUUGAAUGUUGCAUUUGUUGGGCAGCUUGAUUUUCUUGUUGUGCUUAAAAAUUCAAGUGUGAAUUAUUGCAUUUUUUAGUCUCAUUUAUGCACUAAAGAUAAAAUGUUAAAAAAAAAAAAUUGAACUAAUUUAUAAGAGCUUUUUUUUUUUCUCUUGCUUUAGCAGCACUAACUUCGUUCUUUUAGGAAUGAUGUCUUUGAAUUGUGUAGGGAAAGGUAAAUAUUUUUUUUCCAAAUGAUGUGUUUUUUAGUAAUGGAAAUUGUUAUAAGAAUCAGUAAUGGAAAUUGUUAUAAGAAUCAAUAUUAUUUAUAUGCAAGAUAGAUCACCACCAAUAGUCACAUUUUCCAACCAUAAAAAUAUUGAAGAUUUUAUUUCCUACUAUUAGCAUUAAAAAAUUAAACUGAAACAAUGUUUCGUGGAAAUUUAAUGUGGAGGAGAAAUAUUUCCCAUGAAGGUGUGAAGUAUUCAUAAACCACAAGUUUGUAAAGAUUAAAAUUUUAAACUUAGUUUUAUAUAAUUAAGUAAUAGUGUAGAUGUACAUUUAAAAUAUUAUAACACUAAUAUGUUUUAUAGAAUAUGUAAUCUCCCUGCCUUGUUACAUAUAGUACACACCACUAUAAAUUAACUAUAUGUGCAAAUGGUUUCUGUUAAUGUUGUUACAAUUACGUAUCUCUGUGAACCCUCUAUUUAAUGUGCGCACCAAGCAAGAUUCCAUUGUUUCAUUGUAUGCUCUAAAGAUUGUAGAAUUUUAGUAAUUUAUGAUGUGGUCUGAAUUGUGUUUUCUUAAAGGUUUUUGGUGUUUGCAAGCUUUAAUUUUCAUUCAUGAAUAAGUAAAAAAAAAUCAAAUCUAUUUUAUAUUUAGAAAAAGUAUUAAGUGGGUAUAUUUAAAAGUAGGGAUUUCAUUACUGUAAUUUAUAGAUGUGUGAGAAGUUAUUUGGUUCAAUUAAGAACAUAGUAUAAUAGUUCAGAUCAGACUGAGGGAAGUGGUUUAAAAUUGUCUAAAAACAAGAGAUGACUAAGAUCUAGGGCGGUUCUGAUACCAGAUACUAUUAUCGUACAUUGGCCAAUGUUAAGUACUGGUAUUGGUAGUAUCGGAAAAAUAUGUUCAAAACCUUGAUUUUUUUUUGUUACUUGCUGUAUUUAUUUGUCAUAGUUUGUGAUAUUUUUUAUGUUUAAUUAUUUUAACUACUUUUUUAAGGGCAAAUAUUAAAAAUUGUUGACUUAGGUACUGUUUAACUACAAGUAAUUAGAAAUGAAGAUUUUACCUUAUAAAUAAGUGGUGCAUGAUUUUCAAGAAAAUUGUUUUGAAGUCAUUGUAUCAGCUUCAGUAAUUGGUAUUGGAAAAGGAGGUAUUCAAACAGCCCUACCAAGAACUCUUAUUUUAGUUUUAACUUCUGGCACAUUGACUGUCAAAAAUUUAAAUUCUUGUGCAAUGUUUUUGCAAUUAUUUUAUUUUUAAUGUAGUGAUGGGUUAAAUUCCAAAUUUUUGGAAUCUAACUCUCCUGGAACUCUCAAGGCUUAAAAAUAAAUGUACAAGAAGUAAAAGUUAUUAAAUAGUUAAAACAUUCAACCCUUUAAAUGAUUGUUUCCCAAACGUAUGUUUCCUGAAUCAAUACAUUUUUUAAUUAUAUUUACGUAAUUUCAUACAAAAAAUAUAAAAUGUAUUGGGAGCACAGGAUUUUAGAGUUGUUAGUAUUGAAUUUUUAAAUUUGUUACAUUUGAGUUCAUGUUUCCUUUUAAAGUGUUUCAUUCAGAAUAUUUAAAAUAGUUGUCCGUCUGAUUAUACAAUAACAUGAUGGUUUUGCAGUUUGCUCCUGCUUUUAUUUCCAGGAUAUUCCCUAAUUUUCUGUUUUUGUUUGGUAUAUCAAAAAUAUGUAAAUUAAUUUGUGGUAUAUGUGAUUAAUAUUAUGUUUUUUUUUUUUUUUUUUUUUUUUACAUUCUUUGUGUAAGUUUUUAUAUUCUGUAAAUCUAGGUGUGUGUAAAUUCAUCUCAAAAUGGAUUAAGGUGUUUUCAUAAUUUUUUAUUUUUAUAUUAAUGAACCUUCCACAUCUCUAUUAAGGCACACUUUCAUAAUUCUAUGAAGUUUCUCAAAUAUAUAGUUCAUUAAAUUGAGGGUUCAUUUUUUUUUGUCAAAAUAUCCUUUAUCAUUGUUUGGUGCUGAAGUUAUUUUUUCUUCCACUCUCAUUUUAGUGUGUAUGGUGUUAUAUUAGAAAGUGGUUCUCAGUUUUUUUUUUGUAGAAUUUAACUUGUAUUCUAAAAUACCACUGUAUGUCAUUCAGGUUUGAACUUUUUUUUUUCUGCGAAGUUGACUGACAGUAAUAGGGUAAUCAAUACAGCAAAAUGGAGAAAUCCUCCGUUGUACUCACUGCCAUAGUUAUGAUACUGAUAGUGCUACCAGUGUUUUGCAGUUUUCACCAUUUAUUAUAUAUUUUCAUGCUGCUUUACUAGUCAUCUCAGUGUAAUGUUGCCCUUAAUAGUUUUUGUGAGUUACUGAUUCUCAACAUUUUUUUCUUCACACUUCAUAGGUGACAAUUUCCAAACUUAUUUUAUGUUUUUUUCAUGUGGUACUUGUAACGUUAUUAUGAUAACCAUCAAGAUGUAAAUACAAUGGUUGGAAAAUGUACUUGCUUUGAGUUUUGUUGAGCUAUGAUCAGACAUGCUCACAAGUUUUUAUUUUUAUUGGCAUUCAUUCAUUGAUUGUGUUGAAUCUUUUUUUGUACCUAUGUGCUGAUAUUUUAUAAUAGUUAAUUGGAUUUUGGUAUGAUUUUUGUGGGGUUGAGAUUACUUAGAAUUUUAAAAAGAAUUACAUGUAGGGGAACGUACCAUAGCACCUGGAUAAUUUCUUUGUUAGGCUGAAUAAAAUUAUUUAAAUUAUUUAUAACUCUAAAUGCUGGGUUAAAUAUUAAAACCUCAGAAAAAAUUCAGGUUCAUAAUGUGUCAUUUAUUAACAUUUGGUGCUACAAAUAUUUAAUUUGUUAUAAUAUAGGAAACAUGCAAAUGAAGAUACUGAACAUUAAAAUAUAUACAAUUAGUUAAACUCAAGGAUUUAUGAAAUAUAGAUCUCAUAAUUUCUAAAGAAUAUUUUUUAAAAAAACUGCAUGAUUUAAUGCAUUAUAAACAAUUUAUUAUUAUUUAAAUUAAUCUGAACUAUUAUUUGUCACCUGGUUGGAAGCCAACUUGAACAUCGCUGAGGAAGAUAUAAGCAAAAUGCUUGCUGGUUUGUCAUGUUGAGUAAUACGUUUCUUUGCCUCGAGUCUCAUGCUUCAUUCAGGACUCUAUAUCCAGAUCAUUAAAAUUAAUAACUCAAAUAUGAAACAGUUAAUGUUAUUCAGAAAAUAAAUUUUCAUUUGUAUGGAAGUUAAGAAAAUGUCCCGCAGUAAAGUUGGGGGGAAAAACAAUGUAAAUUGGAACCUUAUACACUACUAGUUAUACUAUACAAGCCUGAAAUUGAUAUAUGCCAUUCAAUUGAUAUAAAAUAUUUUGUUUGCAGUUGUUAUUGUAACUCCAAAAAUAUGUAUGCCAAUGCCAAUGUGCACAAUUUUUUUUCCAUUCUCCCUGGAAUGAUCAUUGAGGAUAGAAAUAAACUGUGUAAUCAUGUAAGUUGUAAGACCACUGAUAAGGGAAAAGCCGUAAUGUAGCUGAAGAUGUAAUUCGUUAGUGUUGAUAAUUAAGUAGUAAGCAAUAAAGAGUAGGAAAAUGUGAGUCAAAGGGGUUAAGUAUUGUUUUAGGAGGAUCAUUACUUAAAAUCUUAUUGUUGUUUGAAUUGUACCUAAAGUAAGUUAUAUUAUGGCAGUUUAGAAUUGUGUUGAUAUAGAAAGAAAGCAUUGGCAACCUAUUUCUCCGUAUCAAAGUGGAUACUCCUCUGAAUUUGUUUUCUUAAUUUUCUCUUACUGUAUUAGAUGGACGUGUUACUUCAGUGUAUUCAAGGACUCUAGUUCAAAAGUGAGCAUGUUCAGUUUUUUUUUCUAUUGGUAAUAGUGGGUCGUCACUCGUUAAGAGAUACAUAGUCAAGUUUGAGGUGAGCUGAAGAUUUUGUCUUCAAGCCGAGUCAGUCUGAAUUUAAGGGUUUAAUUUGUUGGAAUCAGAUCUAUUUAGUGUUUGCGUCACUUUUGAGUUGAACCUUGCAUUUAUGGGAGACCUUUCUUUUUAUCUAGUUUGAUUAUAGAUUAAUUAUCUACGUGUUUCAAGGUUCUGAAGUUUUGGGUCUGGGUAGGUUUUUUUCUUUCUUUCUUUGUGAAUGCUGUGCUAUGUACAGAUAUAUGCAUUUAAAAAAACAUUUCUGUUCUGAAUUAUGUGUACAUAUAAAGUAGUAUUUGAACUUCACUAUAGUAGUUGUUAGUUAUUGGUUUUCAAAAGUUACAGCAAAUCAAAGGUACACCUAAAUUAACCACGCAUGUAAGUAAGCAUUGAGCAGGUAGUGCAUCGAGACAUACAUCAGGAUUUUCUGUACAAGUAAUGCUUGAAAUUAAUGUAUUAAAUUGUAAUGAAAAUCUCUGAAUGAUAAAUUACAUAACUGUAGUUUAGGAACUAAUUUUUCCCCCUGCUUAUAAACCAUUUAGGAACUGGUUGCAUUAUAAAAUUCUAUUUUACUUCACUUGCCAUCUUUACAGAAUUAACUGCCAUAACAGACUAACUACUCUUUUUCUUACAGAUCUUUUGGUUGAGAUUAUGUAUCAUUUGUGCCAACUCCUGUGCAGUUUAUUAAUUGUGUAGAUACACACUUGCUUGUAUUGUUAUAUUUUGACAUACAAAUUACAAGUGUGUCUGCUCAAGUCCAUAAUAUUUUUCUUUUUAUCUAUAAACUCACGUGUUUGGAGAAUUCUGCACUUUAAAAAGUUUUUUUUUUUCCGAAUUAAUGUCUAAUUGUUUAACUUUUUUUUUACUUGGUACUUGUUUAAGCCUAUUAACUGUUACAAGCAUUUUAAUCACACAUUACAAACUUCACAUUCAUUUUGAAGUACAGUCAAACCUCUAUCUAUCGUUUUUCAGGGGACCAACAAAAAAAUUCAGUAGAUGCGGACAUUCAAUAGAUGUGGACUUCACUCUUAAGAAUUUUUAAAAAAUAAUAUUUAACUUCAAAAUUAGUGUCAGAAAUAUGUCAGUUACUUGUCAUUAAAGUUAAAUCAGUUGAAAAAUAAAUAAAAAUGGAAGUAUUUUACUUAAUUCAAUUUACACUUGCAAAAAAAAACAUAAGCACAAUAAAUCUACAUGGAAAUUAAAGUCGUUUUCAAUAUCCUGAAGUCUGAAAUAUGUUUACUCAUGUCAUCAAAUGUAGAGCUGUUCUGAAGAAGCCGAUUUUGCCAAUAUUUAAUUGAAUCGGCAUUUCUGCCGACUUCCGAUAUGCUUGUUAAUUUUCGGCCGAUAUUACUGAAAAACGAGAGAGACUGCCAUAACCUAAAAAUCCACGAGUACCCUUUUCAGUUUUCGUAGUAGUACUGCAUUAUUUCAGAUCGCAUUAUUUCUUCGCAACAUGUGCCAAACGUACAUAUAAAAAUUUAACAUCCUUUUUUUCAAUAAUGUUCUUUAAUUUUAAUAUGUCAUAAAUAAAUACAUUACCGUCACGGUAAAUAGACAUUUCGGUUGUAACGGUAACUGUAGUGCAAAUGUGGUAGCUUUCGUGCUUCUGUAGUAAUUAUGGUAUCGACAAAGAAUCUUUAGUUCUUUUUAUGGUAAUUAUCUUAGGAUAACAAUUGGGUUUGUACUGUAGUUAUGGUACAUCAUCCAUAUUUAUUCGUACGUUGUUGUUCAUUUGUCUUUUCUUCAUAUUUACGUGCGCCAUUACUUGGCUGCAGAUUUAAGGUGAUAUUUACUACUGUAUACUAUCAUUACUGUUUUUAUGACGGUUUCUUUCUAAGAAAUGGUUAUUUCUGCAAAAUAUUUAUGGUUAAACGAUCAUCUAUUAUAAUUUAUAGUGACGGGACCACAUAUUUUGAACGAACAAUGCGGACAAAACGAUAAUUCGAACAUCGGUACAAGCGGACUUUUUUAACCUUAGUUGUAUGGCAAUUUUGCCGGGACCGUAGAAAGUAUACGAUAAACACGGACAAUCGAUACAUGCGAGUUCGAUAGAUAGAGGUUUGACUGUAUAUUUAAUCAAAUUUUUGCCAUCAUGUGUAAUCUUAUUGAUGACAAGUUGUAAAAGUUGUCUUGGAGCUUAAAGAAAAAUUUGAAUAUUGAGUUGAAGUUGAGCAGUGGAUUCUAUUUAUAAACUUGUUGCACUACUAAUAAUUUAUUAGUCAAAUUAUAGAUUCAUUUGAAUUAAUUUUACAUUUGACUCUGGUUUAUCAUAUUACUAACCUCUCUUAAUGCCUACAAAAUCUGUACCAUUAGGUGAACAGGUAUGUAAUCCCCCAUAUUCUAACAAGUCUUCCAAAUGUGAUCUGGCAUACUACUAUAUGUAAAAUAAGAUGGAAAUCGCUGAGUGACUCUCCAAGUGUAGUGUCUCCAAAAAUUAUUUUUGAAGUGAAGUCUCAGAUUUUGUGAAGAUAAAUAAAAUAGGCAUACGCCUGUAACGGUCUCGCACACUUUUCUAGCAUUAUGAUGAAUCCUUUGUUAAUGAUUCAUUUGUAAUUCAUGUCAAGGUAUUAAUUAUUUCUAUUACCAACACUAAUUUGGAAAUCAAAAAAAUAAACCACCGAUAAUAAUCUUUACUUAUGUAUGGGUAUGUAGAACAUAUUUGCAAAUCUUAGUGAUGCAUUGUAUUAUUUAGCUUAAAAAUGUUGCAGAAACUGCUAAUAAACUUAAUAAUUAGGCAUAAUAAAAGUUAAAUUCAAUAUUUAGAUAGCAGUUCAGAUUCUGUGAAGUGAUGGAAUUUAUAAAUAAGCAUUUCAAAAGGUUUUGGGUUACAUGUUUAUGUAUGUAUCAUAUUCGUGUUUGAAACUGUACUUUUUAUUUUUUGUUUUACACAUAAAGUUGUCAAACUGUUUUUGAUAUGCUACUGUGCAUUAUUAAAGUUUGAGUACUUAUGUGAUUUGUCCCUUUCUUUAUUUGUGCAUAAUAUGUUAUUAGAUGGUGGUGUGGAUUGAUUUUAAUUUAGGCAUUAAAAGCUAACACAGAUUUUUACCUCUGGUAUUAUUUUCAUUUCAUGAAUUUCUUCUAUUGGGAAAUGAACAAUGGUGCAGUUAUAUUUACUUAAUUUGUACUCUGCCUAAAGAGAUACUUUGGUAGAAUUGCAGAUAGAGAUAGGAUUUAUGCUGUAGUAAGAGUUUGAAUGCUCUUGUUUGCUUAGCAUUAAUUAUGGCAACUAUGCAACUCACAAAGCUGGUUACUGUUUGAGGAUUAUUAGUUUAAUACCUGGGAUAAUAUACACAUACCCCCACCUCUUACUGUAUUAGAUAACCAAAUAAUCAUAAAAAGUAUAUUUUGGAAGCUCAUUGUAAUAAAAUUUUAUGCAGUGUAUGUCAUUAUGUAUUGUUACACAUAUCAAGUGAUAGCUGAGAAUGUGAGAAUCUUUCAUGAGUUCAGGUCCUAAAUGUGAUUGUAUUUAUCGGCUACCACCGUGUGUAUUUUUGUAUUAGGGACUUUGUGGGUGAACCUUUCGUUUUAUCAUGCCUACGUGAUUCGAGUAGUGUUGCCUAAACAUCUUGACCAGAAGUAUUUUUCAGAAAAUCCAAACGGCAGAAAGUUUGGCUUUUUUAUGCAGUUUGUUUUUUUCUCAGAUCACUGCCAUUGUUUGCAUCUUGCCAGCGCGAUAUGCAACCUUUUUAUAUGCAUCACUUUCGGGUGAAGUUGACACAAAAGGAAAUGUCGGUAUGAUAUUACUGUAUGCCGGGAAUGAACGUGAUAGUGAGUUAUUAGCCACAAUUUAAAUACUUUUGAGAUAUUUGCAAUUCUUUAAGAUUUUUUAUUUGUAUUAAAUAAUAGUUUAAAAAAUUCUUAUUUAAUAAAAACUAUUUUUGCAGUGAUUAUGAAUUUUUUUUUUCUUAGUACAGACUGAGGUUUGUGUGCAUUUCUCAAGGCACUGGAGUGCACAAAUACUGACUGAAAUAUGUCUAGAGGGGAAAAUAUAGUAAUACUGGGGAGGGGGGGGUACUUUUUUAUCCAAAUGUUGAACUGAAUUUAUUUAAUUUUGCUAACUGCUAUAAACUUAUGUAUGAAUAAAAUUAACUUGAUAAGUGGCUAUAAUAUAAAUUGUGGUUAACAGAUUCAAGUCACGUUUUCCAUCUCUGAAUUGUUCAUUAUUAUAUUGUUGAGAUGAUUUAUUUUUAGUGUAAUUUGUAACAUUGAAGGUACAAUUCUUGUUCUUAUAUUUAUAUAUAUAUAUAUAUAUAUAUAUAUAUAUAUAUAUAUAUAUAUAUAUAUAUAUAUAUAUAUAUAUAUAUAUAUAUUUGUAUUGGUUAACUACAUCUUUCUCUGUACAUGCAAUGUGAAUGCAAAGUUAUGCAGUUUGUGUGAUUUCAUUGAACCAGUCCUAUUCACCAAUGACCAAGUUGAUUUUAUUCUCCCCCCUCCCCCCUCUACUCUAGAAUGCUAUGUUUUUUAUUAUUAUUUUUUAAAUUAUUUCCAAUAAUGAAAGGCAUUGGUAAAACACGAGAAAUUUAGUCUUGCCAGUUUAAUGUGGUAAUUCAACACAAAGCUGCUUCUUCUGCUGCUGAAAACUUACUACAUAAGGUAUAUUGUGAAACAUUUCCAAGUUGAUGUUACUUGGUACUUAGUUCAUUAUUUUUGAGAGCAAUCUUUAUGGGCCAGGUUUGACAGCUUAUUCAACUGGCACUUCUAAGUUAAUAUCUAGCUUAUCUAGACUAGCAAGAUCUUAAAAUAGAAAGUAUGCUUGUAUAAUAAAUGUUAAAAAUAGUUCUGUGGCCCACGAGGUGUAUUGUACUAAUUUAAUAGCUAUGCUUUUCUUAAGUUUUCCACUUAUCAGCAAAGUUAUAUUCAAAUUUUCUUGCAUAAUCAAACUGAUGUACAUAACCAAAGUAACUAAAGGCAUAGCCAAGUCUUUUCCAAUAUGUAAUUUAACCCAACCUAAUUCACUUGUGGGUCACAUAUUUUAAAUUGGUAAGCAAACUGUUAAAACUUAUAUUACUUCAUUAUAUUAUGAGAACUUUUAAUGAACAAUGACACAUUGGAUGUUAUGUGUGUAAACGAUAGUACAUACAUCAAAAGAGACAAAAAUUUAUUUUGACCACAUGGUGGCAUUUGUAUAUUGCCAUUUGGUCAAAUGUUUGUUAUUUUUUGUUUUGUCCCAUCUCUUUUGGUGUCUACUAUUUCAAUAGUGCAUUAUUUUAGGGGUUUGUUAUUGAUAUUUUCAGAAGGUAAAAUUUCAGUUUUUGGGGUGUUCAUUGUGUAGCACAUCUGCGGCACACUUGUAAUAUAUAAUACCAGAAAGAAAAGCUGUAAAAGACAUUCAAUAUCAUAGUAUAUAUUUAUAUUUAAAAGCUUUGUUAGUAAUGUAUGUUGCAUGUGUUGUACAUUUUACUAGAAAAAUUUUCGUUGGAUGGUUGAAACAGUGAACAUAUGACUGCGAUCUUUGCACUCCCAUUUCAUUUUCUUUGCCUGAUACUCAAGAGUUGAAUGUUAACAAGUGCUUAAUUAAAAAGCCUGUAACUGUUUUAGGACUUGGUUCAUUAUGAAGCAGUUCUAUAUGUGUGUAGGUACAUAUUUCUCAGUUUUCAGGUACUGAAGUUUCCUAGAACAGUUGCCUGCUUUUUCUAAUUAGUAACAUGCUUUAUUUUUUUUUUAUUUAUUAUAGUUCAAAAAACCUUUUUAUACAUAGUUUGUAAUUAUUUAUUUUAAGUUAGACAUUUUAAGUAUAUGCUGUGUUUUCCCUCAUUUAUUAUUAAUAGUAAUAAUUUAGUACAUAGUGUUAAAAUUAAUGUACUUAUUGUAGUACUUAUUUGCAUUGUGUUUAAGCAUUUUUGUGCAUUUAUGUUAUUUCUCGCAUUAUUCUACUUGUAACAUUUUAAGAUAGAAUUAUAAAAGGUUCUAGCACUGUGCCUUCCUCGUCAUUUUCAAGUAACCUCGUAGGUAGUUUUUCAGCAGUUUGUAAUCUCUUGUACUACGGCUGUAAUAUUGAUGUGAACAGACUGAACAUUAAUAAAGUUCUUGUUUUAUA